ACCGCGGGCCUCGUCCCCUCGUCCUCCUCCCAGGGAUCCCACACCGGACACGGGGCUCCAGCUGCCAGACCCCACCCGGCCUCCCGAGAGCUUCGCAGGGGCUUCCUUUGGGCUGAACUCUUCCUGGUUGUCCCGCCCCCGCCACCCCCAGACCCCUGAGCCACAGGCUGACGCAUCCUCUCGCCGGUACCAAUGAGGUCCCGGCUUCUGCUUUCUGUGGCCCAUCUGCCCACAAUUCGGGAGACUACGGAGGAGAUGCUGCCUGGGGGGCCAGGGCAGGAGCCCCCAGCCUCGCCCAGCCUGGACGACUACGUGAGGUCCAUCUGUCAGCUCGCGCAGCCCACCUCUGUACUGGACGAGGCCAUAGCCCUGGGCCGACCCCGGCCGCCCCACCCGCUGGCCCAGGCCCGCGAGAAGAGCUCCCCUGCCCCGUCCCUACAGGACAUCGCCCCCCGUUUCAGUGGCCGGCAGCCCACACUGCUAGAAGCCAACACUGUUGACCCCCUGGACUGGCUCUUUGGGGAGUCCCAGGAAAAGCUGCCAAGUCAGAGGGACCUGCCGAGGAGGACCGGCCCCUGGGGUCUGCACAGACAGAUGGACAGUGGCAAGGCCAGGGCUGUGCCCAGAGGGAGGCUCCGUGAAGCCAGGGCGCCUGGGCACUCCCUGGCACGACCGUCGUGGGACGGGCGCCAGAGCUCCAACCUGAGGAGCCAGACUUCUGGGCAGCCUGGCCAGGCCGUGGCCUCCCCCCGCCCAAGCAGUGUCCUCAGAACGCUCUACUCUCUACUCCCAGUGAUCCAUGAACUCUGACCCCACCCCAAUAAAGCCUCCCGUAAAGAGCACACCGGGUCCGCGUCUCCUCCCCCGCCCUCCCCGCUGGUGGAGACUGUCCCUGGCGGGUCUCUGGAAGGGAAACACACCUCUGCAGGGCUGCCUACUUGGGCAAUUCAUAGCGAGACCCCUCACUGUGCGCAGCGGUGACAGCCUAUCUCACACGAGGGGACGAGGGGAUGUUACUGCACAUUGCUCUGGCCCUUACUGGUUUUUCACUUUGAGCGAGUUUCUUAAUGUCUGUUCCUCAAUUUUCUCGUGGGUAAAGUGAGGUGGUUGCUGGGACCUGCCCCCAGGCCAUUCUGCUGAAUAAAUGCAUGUUAUC